ACAUGUCGCUCCUCUGUCAGCAGCCGCAGAGCCGCAGUGUGCGAGCUGCUGCUGCUGCAGCCUGACACACACACACACACACACACACACACACACAGCCUCUAUCAACAUGACACCUGUCUGCCAGUGUUAGCAUCGAGUGAUAACGCUCCAGGACCCCUCCGUGACACCGAGCUGCCAUUUUGUUUGGAAACAACUUAACAAAACGUACUUCUCCUCCUCCUCCUCUGUAAAGACAGUCAGCUGCACAUCUGCAGGGCACACACCGGGUCGGGUUGUUGUUGCAUGACAGGGAUUGCUCCGAGCGCGUUUGUCUGCAGAAAGGCGAACAGCAACACGUGUAGGUCGCGUUCUGACCAAUCACUUGUGGAGGCUCGAGCUGAGGGCUAUAAAUGUGAGGCGGUUACCGUAGAGACGUCUGCGGCCGGGGAGCUGAACGCAACAACCUGUCAUGUCUUGAAGGGAAGCGUGUGAUGAGUGCCAAAUUGGAGCGUUGGACAACACAAUGUCUGACGUAAACGCCUUUCCUGCUGGGAGCGGAAAUCCUCCUCCACCAGAGGUCACCAAUCCCAAGAAGCCUGGGCGUGUAACCAAUCAGCUACAGUAUCUGGAUAAGGUGGUGAUCAAAGCAUUAUUGAGGCAUCAGUUUUCAUGGCCCUUUCGCCAGCCUGUUGAUGCAGUGGCACUGCGUCUGCCGGAUUAUUAUACAAUUAUUAAAAAUCCUAUGGAUCUGGGCACUAUUAUGAAGCGUCUUCAGAAAAAAUAUUACUGUGAAGCACAUGAGUGUAUUAAAGACUUCAACGCUAUGUUUACCAACUGCUACAUGUACAAUCGGCCUGGAGAUGACAUUGUUUUUAUGGCACAGACUCUGGAGAAGCUUUUUUUGCAGAAGUUGUCCCAAAUGCCAAAGGACGAAUGCAAUGUUACAGCAGUCACUCCAGUGAAGGAACCAGUGAAGGUGAAGAAAUCCAAUGCAGGUGUGUUUAAGCAGAGAUCCCUCGUGUCAGAAGUUGUUCUCCAACAGACAGUGACAGUCAUCCCUCCUCAUGUGCCUCAGUUCAUACCACCCAUACAGCUCUCUGCACAAAUUGACGCAGCAAUUAAAAGAGGUCUUAAAAGGAAAGCAGAGCCCCCAUCCUCCACCACCUCAGCAAUCACCAACGUUGAGUUAACCCCUGCUGAGGAGCCUCCAGCACCAGGCACAUUAUCCUCCAGGAGAGGCAGCGGCGGCAGGCCCAUCAAACCUCCUAAGAAAGACUUACCUGCCUUUGAGGAAAAGAAGGUCAAAUUGUCUGAGCAGCUCACGACCUGCAGUGACAUCCUGAAGGAGUUGCUCUCAAAGAGACACUAUGCAUAUGCAUGGCCCUUUUAUACCCCUGUUGAUGCCGUGGUUUUGGGCUUACGCGACUACCAUGACGUCAUCAAGCAGCCAAUGGACUUGAACACCAUCAGGAAAAAAAUGGAUCAACGAGAUUAUGCGACUGUAAAGGAGUUUGCUGGUGACGUGAGACUGAUGUUCUCCAACUGUUACAAAUACAAUCCACCCUCGCAUGAAGUCGUCUACAUGGCAAGAAAACUGCAGGACAUUUUUGAGGCUCGUUAUCUGAAAGUCCCCCAAGAACCAGAGGGUUGUUCUGUACCUCGCCAGCAAGUUAUCAAUGGAAAAGGAGACCGGGUCGGCAAUAUGUCGACCUCAGCGAGUUCUGUCAGUGAAAGCUCCUCAGAGGAAGACAGUUCGUCAGGAGAGGUGUCCAUGCAGCUGGCCAACCUGGAGGAGCGGUUGAGAGCCGUCAGUGAUCAGCUGAAGAGACUGACCCAAGACCCUGUGAUGAACCCAAAGAAGAAAGACAAGUUAAAAAAGGAGAAAAAGUCCAAAGAAAAGGUCGCUGCUGGAGUAAAGUACAAAUCCUCAAAAGACAAAUCUCUAACUGGAAAAUUCGCCAACAGCAAGAACUCUUCUUUGCAUGGAAACAGACCCAAUAUUCACAGUGUACCCAUAAAAUGUGAGAAUGGGGUCCCAUCAGUACCGAUGACUUACCAGGAGAUGAGGCAGUUGAAAUUAGACAUCAACAAGCUGCCCGGCUACAAACUGGGCAAGUUGGUGAGGAUCAUUCAUGCCAGGGAGGCCUGUCUGCGAGAUUCUUCUUUAGAGGACAUCGAGGUUGACUUUGAAGUGCUCAAGCCUUCCACACUGAGAGCGCUGCAGAGGUUUGUCGCAGCAUGUCUGAAGAAAUGCAACAAGAAAAUUAGCAAUAAACAGCUGCUGAAGCCCACAGGAGGACUGCAGACUGGGAAAGUAAAGGCUCCUGGGAAAUCUGUGGUUGUCAACAAAGAGCCGCACUUGAUAAAGAAAAAAAAGCCAGUUGCUAAAUCUGUGGCUUCUCCUGACGUCCCCUUCCUGCCACGCCUCAGUGAGAGCAGCAGCUCGUCGUCAUCCAGCUCUGACAGCAGCAGCAAGAGUAGAAGUGGUUCUUGCACUUCUGAAAGCUGUGACUCUGGAUCAGAAACAAAAAGAAAGAAGCAGAAGAUUCAAGAAUCUUGCCAAAAGGUUAAGACAAAGUUAAAGGUUGCACGUGCUGCGUGUAGUAAGCAGAUAACAGAGACAAAAGAUGUGACAGAAGCCUCAGUCAAGCCGUGUCAGCCUCCUCCUGCUGUGCAGUCGUCUGUGGCAGAAACUACAGGUCACCCAACGUACCACGAUGCAGAACUGACCUGUGACAAGCUGACUUUAUCGCCUCCAGACUUGUCUGCCCUCCUGUCCCCCAUGGCAUCUCCAGUACUUUUACUGGACUGGGCCGCUGCCAGAUUUGAGGGCCCAGUGCUGUCUCCUCUUAGCAACAGUCCACUACAGUCCAAGGAUGAAACGGGGUCCAAUUUCAGAUUUCCUAAGGAGGUCCUUGACAGUCAAUUGACUAAUGUGCCUUACAUCAACACAUCAAGUAAAUCUGCUGAAGAGGAAAAAACCCAGAUCCCCAAAAAGGACAUUGUUCUGAAAAAUGCUGAGUCUUGGGCGAAACUGGUGAGAGAGUCCGUCACCCCAGCUGCCAUCAAGGCCUCGAAGGAGAGCUUCCAGCAUUUCCGUAAGGCUGCCAUAGAAAAGGAAGAACGUGAAAAAGCACUUAAGAAGAAACAGGUUGAAGACGUAAAGGAGAAGGAGGCUUCAGAAAACAGCAGCAGCCUCCCAGGCCCAUGUAAGCCUGAACAAAAUCUACACCCUGUUAACGAGGAUCCUGACUCACCAGAGAGCAUUUGCGCAGAGGUUUCCUCAGAUGCUCCCAAAGAUGUUGAGCAGCAAAAGGCAAAUUCUCCUAAGGAAGCACAACUUCCAUCCACACAGCUCUCAGUGAAGGAGAGGGAGAUGGCCCGCAAAAAGGAACAAGAGCGUCGCAGGAGAGAGGCUAUGUGUUGCAUUGACAUGACAAUGCAGCGGGACAUCAUGACAACAUUUGAGCUCAACCUGGAAUGAAAAUCUACUGGGAUUUACUUGAAAAAUGUCCUUUUGUGCCGGAGUUCUUUCACAAUUUCACAAUCGCUAAUAGUUGAGGGAAAAAUCUCACCAAAUGUAAUCCAAAAUAAAUGUGUCUUGCCCUUAUGUUGUAUUUGAAAUGGAUCGUAAACUUCUGCACUCUUGAAUUUGGGAUGAUUGGGGUGAAACGUGAAGCACGUUUUUCUGUUCUUUUCACAUUUGAUCGAGUCCUCUUAUAUGCGACUGUUGUGUACAACUAAGCUAAUGAAUUCAUACACUGUAGUAAAAAAAUGACACAUUGUUGUGUUGUUUGCUGAAACGUGCAGUGUUGUUUUUGUUCUGGUGUUUAGGAUAUUCAGUUAACCCUAUAACUACCACGCCUCAGUUAAUCCUGACUCAAAAGAGAAGUUAAAUGUAGACACUGGUUUAUAUGUUCGAGUUACACGCACAAGUCCUCUGAAUGUUUUUUUUUUGCACUAAAGAAAGAUUUACUUUUUGAACAGAGACUGAAGCUUAUUCUCACCGAUGUUUCCAAAGUGGGACUGACUUCAUCAUCUCAGUUUCCUAUUUGCUUGACAGUGAUUGUGUUUACUGGAUAUGCACCGCACUUUGUUCUUCAUACAGUUCUGCCUGUUCCAAACUUGUUUUGGGGCAUUAUCAGCAUAUUCUGUAUGUUAUGUUUAUAUAUGCUCAUAUAUUUAAUAAUUCUUUUUUUUUUUUUACUCAAAGUAAUAAAGCUAUUUUCACUAA